UUAAAAAGACUAUAAAAAAUAAUAACUAAAUAGAACAAGAAAAUAAAACAAAAACUUGCAUCUUUGCCCUAAACCUAUAAUCACCCGCUUCACGAACGUAAAAGGAUGGAGGAACACGCACAACAAGAAGGUGUCACCGUGCGACGCCGACACCGAAAGCUAACGCGACCGCAACGAGAGAAAACACCCGAUCCCACAGCAAAAGCGACGAACGGCAGACGUCGCUACUCAGAAGACGAUAGCAGUGCAGUGGAUGGUAACAAUGCAGCCGAAGACGCUGCCGGAGUGCAAAGCGUGCGCAUGCAAAUUCGGCCACCCGGCGCCAUAUCCGCGCACGAAAGUAAAAUACUGCGACGACGCGAUAAGACAUUCGCCAAUUCGGCCGCGCGCAGUCACUCACAGCCACGUGAAGCCGAACGCCUCACCAGUCCAGAGGCGGACGUGCUCAUGCGCAGCGCGAAACAACGUAGUCUCUCCUCGCCGCGGCACAAAGAUGAGUCCAGCGAGGGUGAACGCAACGGCAGGCAAGCGCGUGCGACGGCCGAUGAGAAUAUUAGCCGUUUGGAGCAGAAUUUGCGACGCUUCGAGGAGGAACGCAAGCGCUUCGAGUCGGACAAACGUCAGUUUGAGCGCGAAAAACGUGAGAAUCGGCUGCGUUAUAAACAGCUGCACGACAGCGACGAGCGCAAACGUUUGCUACAGAAUUAUCGAAAACUAAGCGAUCGCAUACAAUUGCCGGCCGACGCUGAGGAACGUCGCCGCAUGGUGCACAGCUUGCGUUUGCAACGCAAUGAAGCGCCAUCACUGAAACCACGUCAACGACACAGCGGCUACGAAGAGUCCUCCACACAAUUCUCCUCAUCCGAAGUGGACGAUGUGGAGGAAUCCAGAGCACAUAGAUUGGAAAAGCAUACACACCCUGUGCGCCGACAAGUGUCCGCCAUUACAGGUGCAGUAAAUUAUGUAGCCGAUGUGCGUGGUCCACCACCACAGCCGCCAGAGCGCCGCAGUGUCAGUCGCAAUCACUCACUCUCACCUAUGCGACCGCAAAGGCGUUCGAAGACACCGGAACAGCGCGCAGAAAUUAUGCGAAGGCUAGCCGAAAAUGAGGCCAAUAACAGUAAGUCGACAAGUAUAACACCAGAGCCGCAAAGUCCAGCCACACCCAUGGAGCAAAGAAUGCCGCAAUAUCCAAGGCCACAGCUUCCGGCCGAAAUGGGUGAAGUGCGUCGACGUUACAGCACACCACGCAAGGAUUCGCUUACCGAAAUUGCCAAGCGUAGAAAGCAAAGUUUAGAGAAAGCCCAGCUUGAGGCUGCAAUGCUGCUUGCGGCUAAAGAAGCAGAGGCAGUUAGGCUAGAGGAGGAAGCACGUAAGGCUGAGGCUGCUGUGCCGCUUAUGACUAAGAUUAUACGCAGUGUAUUCGCAUUAUUUAUUAGCAAACGUGCAGAAAAACCAGAGUCCACAAAAACAACUGAGGUACAUUUCGCAUCCGAGGAAUUGCUUUUGCCACAGGACUUAAUUGCCGAAGAUUUACCUAAGAAUUUGUUAUCCAAAGAACUGAUAAGGCAUCUCUACUUCGACGCUCGUCAGCAAUGGCGACGCAUGAAGACCGAUUUUCCGAAAGAGUUAAACACUAUUCGGCUAUUGCGAAAUAAAUGUGUUGCAGAGUUGAUUCUACUAAUUUUGCUGUGUGGUUUCGGCGGUCUGAUGUUCCGUUACACCGAGGGUACCUCGGAGAAUAUCUACAAAUGUGAAGUGCGUAAGGUAAAGCGCGACUUUAUCGAUAAUUUGUGGACAGUUAGUCACAACAUGAGGGAAGACGAUUGGAAGUCACUAGCACGUCAGAAGCUACGGAAAUUCGAAGACGAACUUAAUUCACUUGCUGAGUUGGGUAUACGCCGAUACCCGGGUCAGAAAUCGUGGAACUUUGUAAAUUGCAUACUAUUCUGUUGGACCGUUAUAACAAGUAUAGGUUAUGGUCACAUUGCACCCGUAACAACGUUGGGCCGUACCUUGGCCAUCGUCUAUGCCAUCAUUGGUAUACCACUGUUCUUACUCAUUCUUGCGGAUUAUGGUAAACUCUUUACGCGUGCGCUGAAAUUUCUUUGGGUCUAUGUGCGACGCUUGUACUACACCGGCACUUGUCGUAAUAUACGUAAACAUCAGUCGGUACGUGAUGCCAUGAAAUUGGCACGACGCUCGAGUAUGUUCUUCGGACGUGAUAUGGAUAUUGAGUCGCGCACCACCGGACCCGAAACACCAUCGUCACCAUUCGAUGAGACCUUCGAAAUAGAUGAUGAAUUUAAUUUACCCAUUUCGGUGGCUUCAUUCCUGCUGAUCAGCUAUAUUUUGAUUGGUGCGCUAUUCUACUCCAUGUGGGAGAAUUGGACUUACUUUGAGGCAUUCUACUUUGUCUUCAUUUCGAUGUCCACCAUUGGUUUCGGUGAUAUGGUGCCGAAUCAUCCGAUAUUCAUGAUGUGUAGUAUACUCUAUUUGGUCUUCGGUUUGGCGCUCACCUCUAUGUUCAUCAAUGUGGUGCAGAUUAAAUUGAGUGAUACCUUCAAGCAAGCCUCGAUCAAGCUUAGCACUACGAUUGGCAUUGAAUUGCCACCCGAUGAGAAUGCUGAGGGGGCGGUUGAAAACGCAGAAGCGGGCACAGAAACGACGGUGAAUAUGAAAAUGUCACCAACUGCCAUUUCGCCAACGAGUACGACGCCAGCGAAUGAGUUGGACCUGAAAGUGCCGCCACCAGCGCCACCACGUCCGAACAGCAACAAUGUGGGUGAGCACGAGAGUCCGCCACCGCUGCCGAGUCGCAAACAAGAAGUCGAUUCGAGUGAAGUGAAGAAAAAGGGUUGGCGUUUUUGGUAGACAAAAUGCAAUUUCGAAGUAUGACGAAAGCUUUCGUAGCUUUUUGCGCAUUUUUCGUUUGAAACUGCUACUAUGCGCGUUUUGGAAGCUUGAAGUUUAUAUUAAACCGUUUUUAUAGACUUGUACUUCGCGACAACUGCAUCUAACUGUGUCUUUUCGAAUUUUCUAUCAGAGCUUACAAAAGAGCUUGAGAGCUUUAAGUUUGACUGCACUUAUACUCGUAGUUAUUAAGACCUCUAAACUUUUCCAUCCGCACAUAUCACCGACCAAUGCUCAUAUAUUUUAAAAUAUAUUUGCGCUAGCUUAAGUUUAGAUAAAAAAUAUUUAGAUGCUAAAUAAAUUAAUUUUAUUACUUAAUAUAUAUACUUGUAUAUGUAUGUAUAAGUGGGCAUUUUCUAUAUAAGCCUAAAAGUUUUUUCAAUUAAAACCAAAGAAUUUUUUAUUAAACUAAACUUUUGAUUAUUUAAAC